GUACAGAGUCAUGUGAUGUUGUGAGAGGUUCUCCUGCGUCUGAUGUGAGUGUUAAGUACUCUCCUAAGAAAAAGGAAUAGUCCCAUUUGGCUGCUCAAGGAAUUACUGGAGGACCCAGAAUGUCUUACGGAUCCAUUGAUGCGGGCUCUUUUGGAAGCAGAAAUCCGUUUGGUGGGCCCACAAGGCAGGGAUACCAGCCAGUAGCUACACAAGUCAGUCCCUCAGAGCUGCAAGAUGUGUUCCAGGAAACCUCCUCUAACAUCUUUCAGAUCAAUGCUAACGUGGUAACACUAGAGAAGAACCUUCAAUCGCUGGGAACAUCCAGAGAUACAGCAGAGCUACGGCAGAGUUUACAUUCCACACAGCAGCAAACCAAUAAACUCAUAACAAGCACAAGCCAGCUUGUUAAACAACUCACUGACAUCAUCAGCGGGUCUUCACGGCAGGACAGGCUCCGUCUGACGAGACUCAAAACAGAGCUAUCGGAUUCUGUGCAGCGAUAUGGAGACCUGCAGAAGAAAAUUGCAGAUCGUUCGAGGGCCUUGCUUCCUCCUUCACAAAAGGACAGGAAUCAGAGCCUACAGACUCCACUGAGUGAACUGGUUGAAGAGGGACCAUUGUUCGGAGCGGGCGAGGGCAUUGAGGGUGACGGACAAGCAUUUCUGUCAGAGAUCAGUGAAGAAGAUGUGGAGAUCCUGAGGCAGAGAGAAGAAGCACUGCUGCAGAUUGAGAGAGACAUGCUGGACAUCAAUCAGAUUAUGAAAGACUUGGCCAGCAUGGUGCAUGAACAAGGAGACACCAUAGACAGCGUUGAAGACUACAUUCAGACCACCUCAUCACAUGUGGAAUCAGCCAAUCAGGAGCUUGCAAAAGCCAGUCAUUAUCAGAGGCAGCUGAGGAGGAGGAAAUGUUAUCUGCUAAUCGCUGGAGUGCUGCUUCUUACUUUGCUUAUCAUCAUUAUUGCAGUCUCAGCCAGAAAAUGAGAUCGAGACCACAGAAAUUGCUGUUUCCACUCCGCUGUGUUCUCUCCUCAACUUCCAAGCAAAAUGAGAGUCUAUAUGUAGGUUCAGCUGCGCUCACUUCCUCUCUUCUAAUCUCUGUCUAUACUUCUGUCGGAUUGUGUGUUUUACUUUAUAUGCAUGUAUGGAAAUGUGGGUGUGUGUGAAUGUUCAUUAAAAGAGUCUAUUUUUAAUCAGUGCUUUGUACUGUAAUGUGCAAUUAAUUGCUCCUUACCUCUUCAAAGUGGACCCGAAUCAAAGAACAAAAUCCAAAUAGACUAAAUGUUGCUCUAGGCUUUUAUGCCAAUGUUAAAAUCUUCUUUCCGUCAUUUAUUGCUGAUUCUUGAGUACUGAGACAAAACUGGCUGUGGUUUUGCUUGCCUGUAAUUAAAUUUGUAACUAAAUUAAAUUAGUUUCAAACUGAUUAUUUCUUAUAAUUUGUAUGACAGAGUUAGAAUAUUACUGUUAUAAGAAAAGUAUAAACAGAAUAAAUUAAAUGGUACAUUUGUGUGAAGAUCAUCUGAUUCAUUUCCCAGUCAGUGUUUUGUCCCAUGUCUCAAGUCUUAUGUUGAUCUUUUGCUGCUUACACUGUGCUCAAAAUACAUGUGUAUAUUUAUUUUUCUAGGGCGCAAAUAUAUAAACUGUGUCAAAAGUGUAACAGUGACAUUCUUUUUAGGAACAUUCUUUGUAAGGCAAUUAUUUGUUAUAAAGAAACAUAAUUGGUACAUUUCUCUUUAAAUAGUGUAACCUGCUGUCUGUGUUUACCAAAAACUAGUAUUAUAAACUGACAUUUGAAUGCAGCACUUAACCUACCAUUAUAGAAUACCUGUUGAGAGAGAAAACGGAGUUAUUGUUAUUAUUUGCAUAACCAUAAAAUCAUAAACAUUUUUUUUAAUGAAAUAUUAUUUCAAAGGUUCAGUAUUGUGUUGUAUUGCACUGCUCUUAAUAUUCAUUAUUUAAGUUGAUUUUUAAUUGUUUAUUUGCUUGCUUUUAUUAAACAGUACAAUGUAAAA